AUAUAGCACAUGACGCAUAACUAUGGGAACUAGCUUCUUGGAUUCCUCGGCUACAUGAGAGGCUUGGUCCAAUGACUCAAUCUUAAAGAAAAUUGAAAAUAUUAUAACUGAAUAAUCCUCAGACUUUGACAAAAAAAUAAACAAACUUGCUUAGACUAAACUCUUUUGUCGAUAAUCUCAUGCCUGUUAAUGGAAUAUUGAUUAAUAUGUAACUGAUCCAACACUACUUGACAACAACUCAUACUAAUUAAUCUGUGUUUAUACCAUAAUAUAUAAGGUUAGACAACAUGAUCGAUUACUAUAUUUGUAUAUUAUUUCCUUAGGUAUAUCCCAGCAUAUAUUCCUCGUGGACGUUAUUAACUACAUGUUUGUAUUCAAUAUAUGUUAAAACACAUGCAUAUAAAUAGAGCAAGUACGUGUGCAUGAAAGCAACAGAAAGAAAGAUGGCUCAAGUUAGAGAAGCCAUUGAUGACCACGAUGAGCAGAGAGAAAAAGCUGAGGACGCGGAUGAUGCAACUAAGAAGGCAACGUCUGAGACUUUGCCAUUUCACAAACUACUGAGUGAAGCAGAUGCACUUGACUGGACACUCAUGGCUUUGGGGACAUUGGGUUCCAUUGUCCAUGGACUUGCCCAACCUGUUGGAUAUUAUCUGCUAGGCAAAGCCCUUGAUGCAUUUGGAAACAAUAUUGAUGACACAGCAGCUAUGGUUAGAGCACUCAAAAAGGUAUAACUAACUUUACUGGUACAUCCAAAAUCAUGAAGUAGGCGUUCGGACAAUAUUUGAAGUUAAAAGUUGAAACAAAAGUAUUUGGAAGUGUAAUACAUAUUCACUUGGAGAAGGGUCUUAACUCAGCUGUUUUGCUUACACUUAAUUUCAGGUCGUCCCAUAUGUCUGGUAUAUGGCCUUCGCAACAUUUCCUGCUGGAGUGCUAGGUAACUACCUUACUACUAUCAUACUAAAGUUUCAAUAAACAAGACUCAAAAUAUCACUGAUUUGGAACAGUAGAAACUCAACUCCAUAAAUUUUGAACUUAAAAAGUGCUAAUGUGGAAUAUGCAGAGAUAGGAUGCUGGAUGUACGCUAGUCAAAGACAAGUAGCACGUUUGAGACUGAAAUUUCUAAGUGCAGUGCUAAGACAGGAUAUUGGGGCAUUUGAUACAGAGUUAACUACUGGCAAAGUACUUACUGGCAUAAGCAGCCACAUGUCACUCAUACAGGACACCAUCGGAGAGAAGGUACAUAAGCUCAUCCCUGUAAACAUUAUUGUUAGCUUCAAAGCAUUUACCAAAAAUUUGAGUUAAGAAACAUCUUUACAAAGAGAAGAAUAUUGGAAAUGAAAGGUAGCAGGAGUGAGUAAACAACCUAAACUCUAAAGUGCUUAUAAGGCGUAAAACAAACUUUUGGCUAAUUUGAGCUUAUAAACGUGAAUAAAUAACUACUCGAGCACCCUCAUAAUCAGUAGCUUUAACAACUCAAGAAGCCCUCCCUUCCCCAAAUGAGAUACAGUUAAUUCUCAAAGAUGCUUCCUCGUACCUGCACCAG